AUGAAGUUCCAUCCUCUUUGGCUCCUGACCGUGAUGGUCACCCUGGUGGCCUCGAUCACCAUCCCGGACGGCUGCAAGUGUAAGCCUCCUGACAACGAUCAGCUCUCCCGCGAAACUGUCCUGGCUUAUCUCAAGUGCAUGCACGGCUGUAAUCAUCAUCCCCCUGUGAAGGACUUGCUAGCCGAUUACAUCGAUCUGUACUCUCACGACAACGUCACCGACCCGAGCAUUUCUUCUGCGGGUGCUGAUGGUGAUGCUGGUGCUGAUGCCAACGCCGACGCAACCUUCAUCGACGACUACCUCGACAACGACGAGGACAUCUCCGAGAACGACACCGCCGCCUCGGACACCACCGCUGCCGAAAACAACCCCAACGACCUGACCACCAGAGACCGCAAGUGUCACCGUCGCUGCCGUCAGACCAGCGACUGCUGCCACACCGACAUCUGCUUCGCCCAUGUGUGUCUGGGUCCGCAAAAGGGGCCUUAA